AUGUACACGUCAACAGGCUAUUUCCUUGAGGAGGUACUUACGCUUAUUAGAGUGGUUCUCUUGGGGAGCGCCGUUUGCAAAAAAGAAGCAAAGACUGGUGGACGGAGAUUGAUGGCCACGAACGGCUCCACAAUGGACAUUGAUGGGGGCAAGCUUACUGGCCUCAGAAUGGACCACAGAAAUUCGGUUUUCAACCGUUCAGCCACAAACUGCUUCCGUGGUCUGUUCCCGCCCAGGAACAAUCCUCCACCUCAUGCGAGAUGCGUGGAAUCGUCGUUGCUGAACCACCAAUUGGGCAGAAUCAGAUAUGAUAGCGCUUCUACCUCAAGGGGCGGCAGUGUCUGA